AUGGCGGUCUCAGUCUCCAUUUUAGCUGUCAUCACUUCUCUUCACCUCAUAGCCUUCGUCCUCGCCAUCGGCGCUGAAAGCCGCCGCAGCACGGCUAAGGUGGUGCCUGACCAGUACGAUGAGAGGACUUACUGUGUGUACGAUACGGACGCGUCUACGGUGUACGGACUAGCGGCGUUUGGGUUGUUACUUAUUAGCCAAAUGAUUGUUAACGGCGUUACCAGGUGUCUCUGCUUUGGUAAAGGCCUUGUUACUGGAAGCUGCUCCACUACUUGUGCCAUCAUCUUCUUCAUCUUUUCCUGGGUAAGCUUUUUGGGAGCUGAGGCAUGCUUAUUAGCUGGAUCAGCAAGGAAUGCAUAUCAUACCAAGUACCGAGGAUUCCUUGGUCAGAAGGACCUGUCAUGUGCCACCCUCCGCAAAGGAGUCUUUGCUGCAGGUGCAGCUCUUACAUUAUUGUCAUUGAUAGGAUCAUUCCUUUACUAUUGGGCUCACUCGAGGGCUGAUACCGGUGGAUGGGAGAAGCACCGGAACGAAGGCGUUGGGAUGACCAGUUCAAGUUACCCACAGCAGCAACAAACGAGUGAAUUUGAGAAGGCUUAA